AUGGAGCGCCACCUGCCCAGACAUGCGCUGCCCGAGGAGAUCCAGCAGAUGCCCCCCGAGGAGAAGGUGUGCAAGUACUGCGGGGUGAGCUACCUGAUUCUGAACGAGUUCAAGGCCCUGGAGGAGCAGCUGCGGGCCCUGCAGGGGGAGCUGGCCCUGUGCCGGGGCAGCGGUGAGCGCGAGCACUGCCUGCAGGAGCAACUGUGGGCACUGAGCCGGGACCUGGAACAGGCCCGGGCCGUCAGCGAGGCCCAGGCCCACAGGAUCCAAGAUGCAAACAUGCAGUUAAAAAGCCAGCAAGACGCGUUUCGGGGCGCCCAGGAGGAGCUGGGUCACCUGAAGCAGGAGUUGGAGGCGGAGAGCGCCUCGUCCCGGGGCUUCAGCCGGAGGCUGGAGGUGUACGGCCGCCUCUGCUCCCAGACCCGCGCCCUGCUCGCUGAGACCAGGAAGGAGCUGAGCGCCGUCAGGACCCUUGUGGGCACCAGGCUGCAGGACUGGGCCGCAGUGUCUGCUCAGGUGCUGCUGCACGUCAGGGCCGGAAGCGCUGCUGCUGCCACAGAGCUGCAGCGGCUGCAGACGAGCCUGACAGCGGCGACAUCCCUACAAGAGGAACUGCAGGGUCAGCGGGGACACCUGGAGGGCCAGUGCCGGGAGCUGCAGCAGGAAGCGCUGGGUCUCCAGCGUCAAGUGGAGUCGCUCCGCGAGCAGCUGCAGCAGGCGCUGAGUGGGAGGGAUGAGGCCCAGGGCCUGCUCACAGCGAAAUCCCAGGCGGCUGAGGAGUGCCAGGCGCAGCUGCGGAAGCUGAAGUUCGAGUCCAUCCUCUCCGACUCCCGGCUCACACGAUUGCUCAGAGAGAAGGAGGACUCCCUAGUCACUUGCCAACAAAUCUAUAAAACUUUGCAGGAAGAACUGGCCACCAAGGAAAGGCAGGAGGAGCACAGUCGGGCGAGCGCACGACUCGCCGAGAACGAGCUGCGGCUCACACAGACGCUGCUGCGGCAGAGCCAGGACGAGGUGGCUGCCCUGACCAGGGAAAGGGAGUUGAUGCUGAUUUCCCACCAGAAAAGCAUCGAGCAGCUGCAGGAGACUCUGAGGCAGAAGGUGCUGAGUGACGAGAGCUGGCGGGAGAAAAUUGAGGCGGAGCUCGCCAAGGAGAGAGCGCAGCACACUUCGGACUUUGAGGAACAGUCUCUGCUCUUCAAGGAAGAAGCGAAGCUGGAGCUGGAUAUUGAAAAAGAGAAACACCGAGAAAUCAUCCAGAAGUACAAGCGGGAGCAAGAGGAGCUGCGGGCCACGAUCUCUGAGCUGGUGGCAGGUUCCACACAUGAGCUGCGGCUGCAGGUGAGCGCUCUUGAGGGGCGGCUGCUAGAGUCCCAGGCCCGCCAGGCUGAGACAGCCCAGUCCAAGGAGCAGGAGGUUGAGCGCCUCAGGCGUCAGGUGGACGAGUGUCAGUAUCGCCUGAAGGAGGAGACGGACAGUAAGGACGCAACCGCCCAGGCCCUGCGCGAGGAGCUGGCGCACAAAACCCAGGCGCUGGAGCAGCUGACGCUGGCGCAGAACCAGCUCCUGCAGCAGCUCAGCCAGGCCCAGGAGGAGAAUGCCGUGCUGCAGGAGACAGUCCGUCGGGAGUGUGAGGAGCGCUUCGAGCUGACCGAGGCCCUGGGCCAGGCUAAGGAGCGGCUGCUGGAGCUGCAGCGGCUGGGAGCAGGGGGCCUGCCCCCGGCACCCCGAACCCCCGCCCCGGGGGGCACCUCGCCCCCCACCCCACCCAGCAGCCACCGGGAGAGGGACCUGGCCAGGCUGCCUCCAGCCCCUGGCCUGCUCCGACCCCAGAGGGGUCCCCACUCUCAGCCACAUCCCCGUCCGCCUCCCGCCCGGGGCCGCACAGUCUCGGUGACGGAGACCAGGCAGAGGCUGACCGCGCUGCUGCGGGGGGCCCGGCUUGGCCAGCGCUGA